CAUCAGAUGAGUGAGGACAGCUGUGUACACUGGAUUUGAUGUUCAAAGGAAAUCAACGCAUUACAGUUGUCAAGUGAGGCAACAUGUCCAUCACUACCUGUCAGAAGGUUACUUUGAUAUCAUGCUCCGUCCUCUGCGUGUCUCUCUUCUUGCCCAGGCUAUUUUUACCCAGAGCCAAAAAAGAAAUGGGACAGCCACAGGCAGGCCCUGGGUUCUACCCUCCAAGGAUGCAUCAGGUGUCCUUGUCAGAUGACCCCGAGCAGUGGGCUGUGGACCCUUUCCACUCCCUGACACAGAGCAUGGAGGCCACUGCCAGAAUCAAAGGGAUUGGACGUGGGAAAAAAUACAACCUGAUGGCCCAAGUUAUACCCAUUUAUGGAUUUGGAAUUCUUCUUUACAUUCUCUAUAUCAUUUACAAGUUGACCUGCAAGGGCAAGAGUACUAAAUCAGGAAAGUACAUUACGAGCACGGUAGAGAGGAAUACCACACAUGAUGAUGAGUUUGCCAGACUCCAGGAGCAAUUACUUCAGACAGAAAGGAUGAUGGCGAGGAUAGCUGCCAAAAACAGUCGGGCUUCUGGAAGUGGCAGACGCAGGAAAAGUAAGACAGCGCCAUCGAAGAAAGAAGAGAAGCUCCUCAGACAGCUGAGACAAAUCACACAGAACAUACAAGAAGGUCGUCUGGAAGCUGCAUCCCCAGAGAUGGAAGCCGAAGAAGUCCCUUAUGGCGCUGAUUGGGAAGGCUACCCAGAGGAGACAUACCCUGAGUUUGAUGUACCCCAUUGUAAAUAUGCAUUUGACAAUGUCGCUCUGGAGGAGCCCUGCAUCAACCAGCCCACUGCGGAGGCCUUGGCAGAAAGAAUGGAGCAAGAAGAGGAAGAGAUUGCAGCAAGGAAGCUUUCCAUCGUACAAGAGGAAGAUGAAGACGAGGAGGAAGAAGACGAGGACGCUGAAGAUGUGGAGGAUGAUACAGAGGAAGAAGAGGAGGAGGAGGAGGAAGCAGAAGCUGAGAGAAGACUUUUGCUGAGUCCUCGUCGUGAAUCCCACACUGAUUCAAACACAAAGCAGGAAAUAUUAGGUCUGCAAGUCAGCAAGGAGCUUCUAGGCCACGAUGGAGGCAAGAAGCACAUCAGUUUCAAUGAGCGCAGAGACGUCUUUCACUACCCUAAAGAGGGGGCCGAUGAGGAGGAAGUGGAUGAGGACGAUGAAGGGACAGAGGUGGAAGAAGAAGAGGAGGAGGAGGAUGCAGAUGAGGAAGAUCCAGUGACUGAGGCGGAGAGUCUUGAGUUUAGUAGUGCGGUGUGUGUCAAUCCUGAGGAAGAAGCAGAGCAAGAAGAAGCAGAAGAUUUCUUCAUGUUAUUAUCUGUGGAGAGUCUCACGAAUGUCCAUGUUGAUAGUCCUAAAGAGGUCAGUGGGUUGAGGAUGCGGAACAGGAGGGAGACGUAAAGGACUGGGUUGAGUCUGAGACUCCUGAUACAGUGUUUUUAAAUAUUUUUGACCUAUUGACUCUUUUUAAUGUCAAUAAAGAGAUGUUUUAUGUACUCAUUACAACAACCAUUUGUUUUUUCAGUUCAUCUUCUCAAAAGGCAAUACAGUACUAUACAGUAGACAUGAAACAAUCAGUGUGCAGCUUGUAUAGCAGUGCAAACUUACUCUAUCUAGGGGCGACAUGGCGUACACUGCAAAAAGUCAGUGUUCAAAAACAAGAAAAAACAAAACAAAAAUUAAGGGUAUUUUAUUUGAACUAAGCAAAAUUAUCUGCCAAUAGAACAAGAACAUUUGGCUUGUCAAGACUUUUCCAAAACAAGUAAAAUGAGCUAACCUCAAUGAAUCCAAAAAUACCUUAAAAUAAGUAUAUUCUCACUAAUGACAAGUGCACUUUUCUUGGUAGAAAAAAAGAGACCUUUUUGCUCAAUAUGUUGAAGAAUAUUUUUAAAUUAAGUAAAUGCUAGUGCCAUUAUCUUGACAUAAUGAUAUGCGCUCGGCAUCAUGAUUUUUUUUUCAUGCUUGAAGUAAGAAAUGAUUACUUUAAAAAAGUAGUUUUAUACUUGUGAGUGUUGAUGACACACCUUUGCAACAGUUGAUAUUCUAGUUUCAAACAUGUUUUACUCAAUAUAC